UUUACUGCAUAUACUUUACGAAGCUAACAAAUAUCUUCGAUUGACAUGGUUUUUGAGAGAUAAGAAUUUAUUUAUUGUAUGUAAUUAAUUAAAAACAAGUUAGUUUACUGUGUUUGUUUGUAGAAUGAGCAGUAUCGAUGACAAAAGAAAUAAAUUAACACUUUACACUUGAACAGAGUUCAAAUAAACAGUUUGUGCUUUAUUAUAAUAAACAGGUAUUGAAAAUGGAUGAUAUUUCAUAUGUUACUACUUUUUUAAUAUUAAUAAUAUCAGUUAUAUUAAUCUACUUGACAUGGUUUUAUUAUGAAUCAUUUCAAUAUUGGAAACGGCGAGGUAUUCCUUAUAUUAAACCAAUAAUAGCACCUUUUGGAAAUACUUUGAAAAUCUAUCAGGGAAAAGCGACGUUCGGUGAAGUUUUCGCAGAUGCUUAUUUAAAUCUAAAAAAAAGAGGUGAACGGCACGGCGGUAUGUACUAUUUACAUUCGCCAUUCUACAUUCCAGUAGAUCCAGAUAUAAUAAAAAAAAUUGUCAUCAGUGACGCUCAUUAUUUUGCUAAUCACGGGAUGUAUAUAAACCCCGAAGACGAUAUCCUGUCAGGACAUUUGUUUAAUAUGGAGGAUAAAGCUUGGAAAGUUUUGAGAACUCAAACACCAUCGAUUUUCACUUCGUCUAAGAUGAGGAAUAUGUAUCUAACCAUGCAGAAAAUGGUGGAUCCUUUUCUUAUGUGGUUAGAUAAAUAUGCAGAAACCCAAGAACCUGUAGAUAUAAAGAAUGUCCUGACUCGUUUCACGACAGAUAUUAUAUCAGCAUGUGCUUUCGGCAUAGAUACGAAUACCUUAAAAAAAGAAAAUGAAGAUAUUUUGUACCAUAGUCGUAAAUUUUUCGACUACCAAUGGGGUUUAUUUAGAAACACUAUAGUUGUAGCAAUACCAAGACACAUUUUGCAAGCGUUUAAAUUUAGAAUAUUCCCUAAAAAUACCGAAAAGUACGUGGUGGAUAUGUUUACGAAUAUUUACAAAUACAGAAAACAGAAUGGAGUAAACAGAAAUGAUUUAAUGAAUACUUUCAUGAGAUUAACUGAAAAGAAUGAAGAUUUGAAAGAUUUUACUGGAAAAAAUAGAAUAGAGCCGCUCGAUAUGAAUCAGUUAUCUUCUCAUCUGUUUCUAUUUUUUUGUGCUGGAUUCGAAACUUCUUCCAGCACGCAAACUUUCGCUUUGUACGAGUUAGCAAAAAAUCCAAAUUGUCAAACUAAAUUGAGAAACGAAAUCAACAGUGUUCUAGCUAAACACGACAACAAGAUGACUUACGAUGCCAUAAUGGAAAUGAAAUAUUUAGAACACUGCAUUGAUGAAACCCUUAGGAUAUAUCCAAUUUUUCCAAUCGUUCUAAGACGCUGUAGAGAAGACUACGAAAUACUUGAUACCGGUUAUACUAUAGAAAAAGGUACGUACGUUAUGGUUACUAAUAUGGGUAUACAAAGAGAUCCAGAAUAUUACCCCAAUCCAUUACAAUUUGAUCCUGAGAGAUGGACUUACGAAAAUAGUUUGAAUAGACCUUUUGUCGCUAAUCUGCCGUUUGGAGAAGGGCCUAGGAUUUGUGUAGGAAAACGUUUCGGUCUUUUGCAAAGCAAAUUAGGUAUAGCUACGCUCGUCAAAGAUUAUGAAGUCACUUUAAGCGACAGAACCAAAAAAGGAUUUAAAUUCGUUUCAUCGGAGCUAAUUUUGAGAAAAGACGGAGAUGUAUGGUUACAACUCAAAAAAAUUUAACAAUUUAAUUAAUAAUAAUAUACAAGUGAUUUAUUGAUAAUUGUAAGAUAUGAUUAAAAUUACUCAAAAUUGGUAUUUUCUAGGA